AUGGUUGAUCAGAGGAAUGCAUCACGUACGCGCAUCCGCAAGACAUCCGAAAUAUGUGCUCAAUGUCGGAACCGCAAGGUAGGAUGCGAUGGAGACCCUCGAGGCUGUGGUAAUUGCAAACGACUCAAGUUUUCAUGCUCUUUACUAUCUUCGCCCGUGGAAAAUAACGGCAACCUUGAAAUCUUGGAGCGACGACGGGUAUCGCGAGCAUGUUUUCGGUGCAAGGAUCGCAAAUUGAAGUGUUCUGGCAAAAGACCGACAUGUUCUCGAUGUUUGGACCGCGGCAUUGAUUGUCAUUACCCGACAUCUUCAACAUCUCAGGUAGAUGACUCGAGGCAAUCACCUCAGGUCGAAACGUCAGAUUCAUCCGAGUUCGUAUCGCCAGCCGGAGACUCGGGUGCACCAACACAGACUCAUGUACAACCUAUUGCGUCAUCCGCAUCAAUGCAGAUGCCUCAACAAUUACUAUUGGACCUCGGAAUCAACAAACAAACAGUCAAACAGCACAUUGACGCCUACUUUGAUCUCAUCCACCCAAUUCCAUGCUACGGAUUCCUCCAUAGAGCAACUCUUCUCCAAUCAUGGUCCAAGAAUGAGCUGAACCCAUGCGUUCUGUCGGCAAUAUGCGGCAUCACAUCUCGUUUCAUACACCGAGGCAGUUCUGAGCAUCGCAACACGGCAAGAAAAUGGAUUCAAGACGCCGAGUCACGUCUCCUGCAGCAACUCUCUCACCCACAAAUAUCAGACGUAGAAGCAUGGUUACUUAUCACGCUGGAUCAUUACCUUUCCCAGCGCGUUAGUAAGAUGCUUGUAUCCAUGGCGUUGACUUCACGACUUGCCUAUAUCCCUCGACUCAAUCAUGAGGAUACUCGACAAAAGUUCUUAGUACAAGAGCGGAGACGACGGUUGAUGUGGUCCAUCUACAUCAUGGACUCGCUGUAUUCGAGUGGAAAGGCGGAAUUUACGGCUUGUACUCCUGAAACUCUCCACAUUCGACUGCCCUGUAACGAAAAGUCCUUUUCCAUGGACCUGCCAGUCACUACUGAAUUUCUUCAUCCGCCUUCACAUCCUGAUACAACGAGUAUAGGCCUUCUAGGCUACUGCAUCCGAGUCCUGGACAUUCGUAAUCGCGUACAAAGACUUACUCUAACGAUUACCAACCACCGAAAGCCAAUUGAGCAAUGUCUAGUAGCCGUCGAAUCCAUCGAAAACGAACUGCGCCAAUUUUCUGCUUCGCUGCCAGCACGCUAUAAUUUGGAUCAAACAGCAUUCUCGCUACGCGCAUUCUCGCCUUCCCGUACACCAUUCCUGAUGCUGCAUGCUUGGUAUCACCAAACACACUGCGAUCUUUUCCGCUUCACUAUCCCCGGCUUCCGAGAGGGUCUUCCUGCCUCGGAAAUACUACAAAUAUCGCCCGAGUUCACAGCGUCUUGUCGUGAAAAGUGCCUCUUCCAUGCUGUUUCUGUUUCCAAAAUCCUUGAGAUUCCAAAAGCUGUGGGAGGUUCUGAAUUAAUCAGUGAUCCUUCUAUGGCUAUGUGUGCAUUUCACUCUGCGAGGAUUAUCUCAAGACUCGGGCAGUAUCCUAUGGGCGAUAUGCCUCAGAUAGAACUGGUUGCAAGACUUACCGCCUGUUCGCAAGCGCUUGAAGAACAAGCUGCGCUUUUACCCACAACGGCAAUAUUACUGAAGGGUAUAAAUGAUUUGGUAAAUGAUGCACAAAGAAUAAGAGAUGGACCAUAUGCGUGCCCGUCAAUCUGGGAUGAGGAAGAGUCUGAAAGCAAUAUAUUUUCACGACCGCAAGUAGCUGAGGGUAACUCGCAAGUACGCGAGGUCUUUUCCAAGCACAGUGUCACAGAAGUCGUUCAAAAUUUGAACUUCCAACCAGAAGAGCAAGGUCAUGCAACUGAAGCUGGGACUUCAUCAAUUGCUACCCACUCGUCGGAGCGCGUUACAGCAGAAAUUACAGUGGCGGCUAAUUCGGACUUUGGUCCCAUCAAUGUCACGUCUCAUCCUUCCGAGGCAAUGGAAUCAGAGGCAACCGACUUUAGUGGGUAUUUCGGAGAUGAAGAACCUCAGCUGGAUAGCUUUUUGGCCAUCGGGCUUCAUGGACAGUAUGGUUCUGGGCAACCAGAUGUGUUUAUGGACUCGUUUUGGCCUCUCAAUUAUGGUGACUGGACCAUGCCGGAUGCGAAUCCCUUUUAA